ACAUUAAAAUAAGCGUUUUGCAAAAGACACAGUUUAAUUUCAUUUCCAAACACUUGGGCAAGCUGUUGGGUAAAGUAUAGGAUAAAAAUAUGUCCAAUAUUUUUCAAUAUUUUGUUUUACUCUCUGGCAUUUCAAUAUUCGUAACAUAUUGUGGAGUGCAGUUUGUUCCCGAGAGAGUAAAGGUGGUUUACAUGAAUGAGAAAUACUUUUACAACUACACGUGGGCCGUUAAAAGAUAUAGUCGAAAUAGUGGUUACUUCAUCAAUAUUGAGGCAACUAUAAAAAAGGAAUGGAAUAAUAAUGUCACGUUCAAUUUGAUAUUCAACGAAUUUCUUCAUAACGAGUACAGGCGUUCGUUUGUGGAGCUGCAUUACAAAUUUUGUGAUUUACUAAAAUAUGAGAAAUUUAUCGGGCAUAGAGUCCUAGAAUAUGGAAUAAAAUGUCCUCUUGUCGCCGACACAUAUCGUUUCAUAAAUCUAACGAUACCCUUGGAGGAAUUUCCCAGCGUGUUUCCAUAUGAGCGAGCGCGUAUUGAUAUUGAGUACUCCAUCACUAAUACUAGCGAAAGUAUGUCGAAGGUUUACUUGUAUUGUACAUUUAAGAAUAUCCGUGCGUAAUUAAAAAGAAUAUUUCCAUGUGUAUUGCUUUUUUCACUUUAAACAAGAUUAAAAUUACUAUUUUUAUAAUAAACUACAAGCUUAAUUUGCUAUAAUCUGCCAAUACAGACAAAUCCGUAUGGUACUAGCGAUAUGCACCACCCAUCCUCCCACUACUAAAGAAGCAGAAAAGCAAGCUAUACACACCACCAACACACAAUACCACACAAAUAUUGUGUUAUUGUAGUUGUAUAUCAUGGAAUUUCGCAAAAGUAACCCCUGGUAUAAAACUACUAGGUAUUCUUUUUUCGGCUACUAUUCAAGUAAAAUUAGCCUCAAAGAAGAAUAGACAUGACUUUUCUAUAAUAUUUACCCCACCUUCGAAGAAGCUUGGAAGGUGGGGUAACAAGAUAGUAAACAAACAAGAAUUACAGAACUUUCGAAAUAAAAAGAAUGUUUUGUACAAAUAUAAGUGUAUUUAUAAAAAAAUGCUUAUAAUACAUUCAUCAACGAUAAACACGCCGAUAGACGAUUGGAAUUCCAAGGCGCUAGAAUGGCGGCAUCAGAAAGCACAGCGUUGAAAGACCCCGCACUACAUGGACAGACGACAGCAUACGAGUCGCCGGGAUCCACUGGAUUCAUUCGGCGCAAGAUCGUGGCGUGUGGCCCCUACAAGAUACCUAUGUCCAUCAGUGGACGUCUAUCGGUUGACUGUGAAGAUGAUGAUCACGAUGAAUGAUACAACAAUUAUGUUUUAUCACAAUUCCUUCGGUAACUUACACUGUAAGCUAAUGGUAAAAAGGUAAUGUGUUCAAAGGAAGAAUA